CGUCCGCAGGGAUCCGCCUUCAGCGCUCGGCGCGGAGCGACCGGGCCUUGGGGGCCUUUCCUACAGACGGGCUCGGGCGCGGGGCCGCCCAACGGAGCGGGGCCGUCGAUUGGUACCCAUCUCCCCCUCGGCGGACGUUCGGCUCUGCCUUCGGGCGCACGGCGACCGCCGCCACAAUGCUCGUUCGGACCCUCCCAGGACCGUGCGUGGCAGCAGCGGCGGCUCUGCUCGCGUCCGAGUACUGUUGCGGAAUCGGCGGCACGUCCUGAGCGACACGGCCGCGCCGAUGGCACCGCCCGUGGAGACGUUCCGGACCGAACUGCGCGCAGCGUCCGGGAAAGAAGGAUUCAGAACUGAGAUUUUGACCGAAAAUAAUUCUGGAAGCAGGUUGGAAGGAAUCUUUUCCUGCAUCUCAUGUCAUGCCUCUGCUUAACGGGGAAUGGCACAAAGCUGCAGCGGGGAAGGGUGAGACUGCGUAUCCAGAAAAAUGCCCUUACCAUGGGAGUGGUCAAACACUGGAACAGUGUGUGGGCAGCAUGGGGCACAACUGGCCCAGCUGUGUGUCUCCAGGAGGCUUCUGCCUCUCUGGGUCAGAAAACGGUCCCGAAUGUCUCCUGUCCCUUGUGCUCCCACUGCUCUGCAACAGGUGAAGUCAGCACGUGCCGCCUAUGCUGAUGGCGCUGGUGCUGCCAGAAUAGGAACGAUCUGAUUUCAGCACUGCUGUUAGCUGCUACAGGAGGAGGGAACCUGCAUCUUCCAUAGCUGGCUCUUAUUACGAAGACACAGCGUCAUCUCCAGCUAGAGAGAGGUAGGAGACUUCCAGCAGAGAAGGGCAGAAAGCACUCCAAGAGAUUCCCUUGCCCAUCCCUCUUCCCACAUUGUUUCCUGGACUAUUAUCAGAAAGCAGGAGCACGGAGAGUUUGAUUAUAUUUGGUUUCUCCUUUUUAUCUUUAAUAUUCUUUACAGAUUAGAAACUUUAUUAUCCAAUAUUAUUUUCACUAGCAAGGGAAAAAAAUAUGGAUUUAUUCAGAGCACUUGGAAAUGAGUCACUGUUGUCCAGCUCCUCCGGUCCUGCUCAAUGGGAUCCCUUCCACCAUCCCUUGGACUCCAUCCAGCCCUGGCGCUUCAGGCUUGUGGCAGCAGUAAUGUUCGUGGUGACCUCCCUGUCUCUUGCUGAGAACCUGGCUGUGAUCCUAGUAACUUUUAAGUUCAAGCAACUGAGACAACCCGUCAAUUAUGUUAUAGUGAAUUUAUCUGUGGCUGAUUUCCUGGUCUCAUUGACUGGUGGCACCAUCAGCUUUUUAGCCAAUCUAAAAGGCUAUUUCUAUAUGGGGUACUGGGCUUGUGUACUGGAAGGAUUUGCUGUCACGUUUUUCGGUAAGCUUGAUUUUGUCUGUAAUUGUAUCUUUUCCUUCAGCUUCCUUCAGUGUGUUUCACUAUCCUGCAGCUUCCUAAAUCACUGGCCUUGGAUGCCUGUGAACGCACUGGAUCUUUUCCAGUUGUGUGUUCUGUGGAGGAUCUCAUGCAUUGUGGCUCUCUGGUCUCUUGCUCUUCUGGCUUUUGAGCGGUACGUUGUGAUCUGCCGCCCACUGGGAAAUAUGCGCUUGAGAGGGAAGCAUGCUGCCCAAGGUAUUGCCUUUGUGUGGACCUUUUCCUUCAUUUGGACCAUUCCACCAACCAUGGGUUGGAGCAGCUACACCACCAGUAAGAUUGGAACUACUUGUGAGCCGAAUUGGUAUUCAGGAGCUUAUAAUGAUCGUUCCUACAUUAUUGCAUUCUUCACCACCUGUUUUAUAGUGCCUUUAUUAGUAAUUUUGGUAUCCUAUGGAAAACUGCUGCAGAAGCUAACAAAGGUGUCAGAUACACAAAGCAGGUUGAGAACUGCCAGGAAACCUGAAAGACAAGUGACUAGAAUGGUGGUUGUUAUGAUCAUUGCUUUUCUAGUCUGCUGGAUGCCAUAUGCCACCUUUUCUAUCCUAGUCACUGCGUACCCUUCCAUUGAACUGGAUCCUCAUCUGGCAGCAAUUCCAGCUUUCUUUUCCAAAACGGCUACUGUUUAUAAUCCAAUUAUUUAUGUCUUUAUGAACAAACAGUUCAGGAAGUGUCUGAUUCGGAUGUUCAGUUGUAGUGCCGUAGAGACUGCAGAGUCCAAUGUGAACCCAACUUCAGAGAGAGCAACGCUCACCCGAGACAAAAGAGGCAGUCAGUUGUCCAUCAUGGCAGUAUGAAGCACCACUUCUUAGAGGAAAAAUGGAGA